CAUCGUCUGGCGCAGCGCGCUCGAGUACCCGCCUAGCUUUUGCAUCCCUCUCCCCGCGACACAGCGCACAAUGUGGCUCACAGAUCAGCAAAAAAUCGGCGUGGCGCUCACCACAUUCGGCGCGGGCUUCAUGGCCCUCGGCGUCCUGCUCUUCUUCGACGGCGCGCUGCUCGCCUUGGGAAACAUCCUCUUCCUGUCCGGCAUAACCCUCAUCAUCGGCCCCCAACGCACCAUGUACUUCUUCGCGCGCAAGGAGAAGAUACGGGGGACAAUAUGCUUCUUCGGCGGCAUCCUGCUCGUGUUCCUGAAGUGGCCAUUCAUUGGCAUGCUGGUCGAGAUGUUCGGUUUCCUCAAUCUCUUCGGCGACUUCUUCCCCACCAUCAUCAUGUUCUUGCGACAACUCCCCUUCGUUGGAUCGCUGUUAUCAUUACCCUACAUUCGUGUGGUUGUGGACAGGAUAGCAGGGUCACGCACCUCCGCUGUAUAACUCUUCU